AUGAUAAAUACCACUGUUUGCCUUUGGGUAAUUUUGCCUUUGUUUUAUUUACAGGUAGCUAAUACUGUGGGACAGAGAACAGGAAAGGAGAGAAACAGACUUGGGCCGACUCACAGAAGAAAACAGAAAGACAACUUCAGGGAAAAGAGAUAUGAUGCAAAGAAGCUGCCAAACACUUCAGUAAAAAGACAAAACUAUUCUAGAAGAAAAAAACAAGAGAUCUUCAAACCACCUUCAACAGAACAAAGAAACAAUAUGAAUGAAUAUAACAAGAGAGAUUUUCCUAAAGAGGGCCUACAAAUUACAAACGCUGGUCUAACAGAAAAGCAGUCUCCCACUGAAAGGAUAAAGAUAGCAGAGCUGAGAAAAGCAGAUAAACAAGUAAUCUCAUCAGAAAAGAAGUCAGCCCAGCUUAUCGUAGAGGAAAAGGCAGCCCAGCUUAUCACAGAUGAAAAGUCAGCCCAACUUAUCACAGAUGAUAAGAAGGCAGCCAAGGUUAUCACAGAGGAAAAGAAGGCAGCUGAGCUUAUCACAGAGGAAAAGUCAGCCAAGCUUAUCACAGAGGAAAAGUCAGCCCAGCUUAUCACAGAGGAAAAAUCAGCCCAGGUUAUCACAGAGGAGAAGUCAGCCAAGCUUAUCACAGAGAAGUCGGCCCAGCUUAUCACAGAGGAAAAGUCAGCUGAGCUUAUCACAGAGGAAAGGUCAGCUGAGCUUAUCACAGAAGAAAAGAAGGCCAAACUUAUCACUGAGGAAAAGUCAGCCGAGCUUAUCACAGAAGAAAAGUCAGCCAAGUUUAUCACAGAGGAAAAGUCAGCCAAGAUUAUCACAGAGGAAAAAACAGCCGAGCUUAUCACAGAGGAAAAGUCAGCCAAGCUUAUCACAAAGGAAAAGUCAGCCGAGCUUAUCACUGAGGAAAAGUCAGCCCAGCUUAUCCCAGAGGAAAGGUUCGCCAAGCUUAUCACUGAGGAAAAGUCAGCCACGGUUAACAAAGAGGAAAAAUCAGCCAAGCUUAUCACAGAGGAAAAGUCAGCUCAGGUUAACAUGGAGGAAAAGUCAGCACAGCUUAUCACAGAGGAAAAGUCAGUUGAGCUUAUCACAGAGAAAAAGUCAGCCAAGCUUAUUCCAGAGGAAAAGUCAGCCAAUCUUAUAACUGAGGAAAAAUCAGCCCAGGUUAACAGAGAAGAAAAGUCAGCCGAGCUUAUAACAGAGGAAAAGUCAGCCAAUCUUAUCACAGAGGAAAAGUCAGCUCAAUUUAUCCCAGAGGAAAAGUCAGCCCAGGUAUUCAAAGAGAAAAAGCCAGCACAGCUUAUCACAGAGGAAAAGUCAGCUGAGCUUAUCACAGAGAAAAAGUCAGCCAAGCUUAUCACAGAUGAAAAGUCAGCUGUGCUUAUCACAGAUGAAAAUUCAGCCCAGCUUAUCACAGAGGAAAAAUCAGCCCAGCUUAUCACAGAGGAAAAAUCAGCCCCGCUUUUCCCAGAAGAAAAGUCAGCCAAGCUUAUCAAAGAGGAAAAGUCAGCCAAGCUUAUUAAAGAGGAAAAAUCAGCCGAGCUUAUCACAGAGGAAAAGUCAGCCAAGCUUAUCACUGAGGGGAAGUCAGCCAAGUUUAUCAUAGAGGAAAAGUCAGCCAAGCUUAUCACAAAGGAAAAGUCAGCCGAGCUUAUCACAAAGGAAAAGUCAUCCGAGCUUAUCACAGAGGAAAAGUCAGCUGAGCUUAUCACAGAGGAAAAAACAGCUGAGCUUAUCACAGAGGAAAAGUCAGCAGAGCUUAUCACUGAGGAAAAGUCAGUCCAGCUUAUCACUGAGGAAAAAUCAGCCCAGGUAAUCACAGAGGAAAAGUCAGCCGGGCUUAUAACAGAGGAAAAGUCAGCCAAGCUUCUAACAGAGGAAAAGUCAGCCGAGCUUAUCUCAGAGAAAGAGUCAGCCCAGCUUAUCAAAGGGGAAAAGUCAGCUGAGCUUAUCACAGAGAAAAAGUCAGCCAAGCUUAUCACAGAGGAAAAGUCAGCUGGGCUUAUCACAGAGGAAAAGUCAGCCCAGCUUAUCACAGAGGAAAAAUCAGCCCAGCUUAUCACAGAGGAAAAAUCAGCCCCACUUAUCCCAGAGGAAAAGUCAGCCAAGCUUAUCAAAGAGGAAAAGUCAGCCAAGCUUAUCAAAGAGGAAAAAUCAGCCAAGCUUAUCACAGAGGAAAAGUCAGCUGAGCUUAUCACAGAGAAAAAGUCAGCCAAGCUUAUCACUGAGGAAAAGUCAGCUCAGGUUAACAUAGAGGAAAAGUCAGCUGAGCUUCUAACAGAGGAAAAGUCGGCCCAGCUUAUCAAAGAGGAAAAGUCAGCCCAGCUUAUCCCAGAGGAAAAGCCAGCCAAGCUUAUCCCAGAGGAAAAGUCAACCAAGCUUAUCAAAGAGGAAAAGUCAGCCAAGCUUAUCAAAGAGGAAAAAUCUGCCAAGCUUAUCACAGAGGAAAAGUCAGCUGAGCUUAUCACAGAGAAAAAGUCAGCCAAGCUUAUCACUGAGGAAAAGUCAGCUCAGGUUAACAUAGAGGAAAAGUCAGCUGAGCUUCUAACAGAGGAAAAGUCGGCCCAGCUUAUCAAAGAGGAAAAGUCAGCCCAGCUUAUCCCAGAGGAAAAGCCAGUCAAGCUUAUCACGAAGGAAAAAUCAGCUGAGCUUAUCAAAGAGGAAAAGUCAGCCAAGCUUAUCACAGAGGAAAAGUCGGCCGAGCUUAUCACAGAGGAAAAGUCAGCCCAGGUUAUCACAGAGGUAAAGUCAGCCAAGCUUAUCACAAAGGAAAAGUCAGCCGAGCUUAUCACAAAGGAAAAGUCACCCGAGCUUAUCACAGAGGAAAAGUCAGCUGAGCUUAUCACAGAGGAAAAAACAGCUGAGCUUAUCACAGAGGAAAAGUCAGCCCAGCUUAUCACUGAGGAAAAGUCAGCCCAGCUUAUCCCAGAGGAAAGGUCCACCAAGCUUAUCACAGAGGAAAAGUCAGCCAAGGUUAACAUAGAGGAAAAGUCAGCCAAGCUUCUCACAGAGGAAAAGUCAGCCCAGGUUAACACAGAGGAAAAGUCAGCAAAGCUUAUCACAGAGGAAAAGUCAGCUGAGCUUAUCACUGAGGAAAGGACAGCCCAGCUUAUUCCAGAGGAAAAGUCAGCCAAUCUUAUCACUGAGGAAAAAUCAGCCCAGGUUAUCACAGAGGAAAAGUCAGUCGGGCUUAUAACAGAGGAAAAGUCAGCCAAUCUUAUCACUGAGGAUAAGUCAGCCAAGCUUCUGACAGAGGAAAGGUCAGCCGAGCUUAUCUCAGAGAAAGAGUCAGCCCAGCUUAUCAAAGAGGAAAAGUCAGCUGAGCUUAUCACAGAGAAAAAGUCAGCCAAGCUUAUCACAGAGAAAAAGUCAGCUGGGCUUAUCACUGAGGAAAAGUCAGCCCAGCUUAUCACAGAGGAAAAAUCAGCCCAGCUUAUCACAGAGGAAAAAUCAGCCCCGCUUAUCCCAGAGGAAAAGUCAGCCAAGCUUAUCAAAGAGGAAAAGUCAGCAAAGCUUAUUAAAGAGGAAAAAUCAGCCAAGCUUAUCACAGAGGAAAAGUCAGCUGAGCUUAUCACAGAGAAAAAGUCAGCCAAGCUUAUCACUGAGGAAAAGUCAGCCCAGGUUAACAGAGAGGAAAAGUCAGCUGAGUUUCUCACAGAGGAAAAGUCGGCCCAGCUUAUCAAAGAGGAAAAAUCAGCCCAGCUUAUCCCAGAGGAAAAGCCAGCCAAGCUUAUCAUGAAGGAAAAAUCAGCUGAGCUUAUCAAAGAGGAAAAGUCAGCCAAGCUUAUCAAAGAGGAAAAGUCGGCCGAGCUUAUCACAGAGGAAAAGUCAGCCCAGGUUAUCACAGAGGUAAAGUCAGCCAAGCUUAUCACAGAGGAAAAGUCAGCUGAGCUUAUCACAGAGAAAAAGUCAGCCCAGGUUAUCACAGAGGAAAAGUCAGCCCAGCUUAUCACAGAGGAAAAGUCAGCUGAGCGUAUCACAGAGGAAAAGUCAGCCCAGCUUAUCACAGAGAAAAAGAAAUCACCAAACCUUGGAUUAUCAACAGAUCCAGAAUGUCUAGAGGUGUCAAGGAAUCAAGAUACUCCAAUCAUUACAGAGAAAUCAUUAUUGAAUGAGCUUUUGAAGGAGGACAUUGCUGAUGAACACAUUAACAAUGAUAAUGAACAUGAAGAUGAUUACGAUGAUGAUGAUGAUGAUGAUGAUGGCCUGUUUGGUCCUAGAAAGCUAUUCUUCUUUGGUGUUGACUAUUUUAAGGGUGCUAAAAAAUCCAUUUGGUGAAAACAAACAAAAGCUUGAUGGAAGGACAGAGGAAUAGUUUGGAGGAAAACUGAAAAAAUUGUUAUAUAAAUGUAAUAAA